GAGCGGGAGCCGGGCGGUGAUUGGUGGAGCCCGAGAGGCUGGAGCGCCGCGCGCACGUGUUGUCCGCCAGUGGCGGCGCUGAGCGGGGCGAUGGAGGCUGCGGCGCUGAGCGGCAAGACGUUGUCGGCACAAGUCAGAGAACGAUUGAAGAAUGAAGUAAACCAGAUGAAGGAACAAGCCCCAGGGUUUCGGCCCGGACUGGCUAUUCUACAGGUUGGAGACCGGGAUGAUUCUAACCUGUACAUCAGCAUGAAACUGAAGGCAGCUGCUGAGAUUGGAAUGAAUGCCAACCACAUGAGGCUGCCAAAAACCAUCACUGAAGAUGAGGUGCUGAGUAACAUCACACGCAUCAACGAGGACCCUAGUGGUACAUGGACUCAUCGUGCGCUCCCCCUGGAUUCCAUCAACCCAAUCGAUGGUUGA